AGUGCCAGUGCCACGCCCCCCUGCAGAGUGGUACCCGGCUUGCGUCGCUCAUGUGACGGGACCAUGCUGCAUGAUGUGGAGCCAAUGGGAUGGACGCAGAUGCCUGAUGGGAUGACCAUGCGCUCUUGCUACCGUGUCCGCGGACGUGUGCAGACGUGUUCCCUGAGGUGAGUAUUACCAGGAGGAUAGAUGCCCUGAUGUAAGUAUUUCCAGGAGGAUAAGUGUAUUAGCCUGUGACGUAAGUAUUAGCCUGUGACUUAGUGUCUUGCCCUGGAGGUUUAGCCUGUGCGUGGGGUAGGUAUUCCCAGGAGGAUCGGUGGUGUGCAGCCGACGACGACGACAGCAGACGAGUGUUUCCCUCGAAGUGUGGACUGCCGAGGACGACGUCUGCCAUCCUGACAAGGUUUCCAGUCGACGACCAUGUGAGUUGUCUAGUAUAGUGUCAUUGCUAGCGGUUGUGUAAUCGUAGAAGAAACCCACUGAGAGCUAACUGAAAUAAACACCACAAUGGUGUCAGAAGCGGGAUUUAGUGCAGUCGUGUUUUAACGGUUAGGCUGAUUCCUUGCAAAAGUCGGCAUCCUGUGUUAAAAUCGAACCACGAAUCGUAUUUAGUUUGUAUAUUUUUCCAAUCCAAUUGUACCGUAAAGUGGUCUAUGCUAGACAUGUGUAACGCACCAGCCGUCUAUUUUUAGACGUGUUGCAAGGUGACCACGUGGUCUCACUGCUGGAAAACCACGCUUGUCUGCAUUCGAGGUCGCGUGAUCAUUGGUGCGGAGUAGUUUUAAGUGCACUAGCUGACCUGAAUGUUUACAUUGUUUGCGUCGCUGUUCAAAAUGUAAACAGAGUACGAGAAAUCGGGUUUUAUGAGCAAGUCCGUCUGUAGCAUAGCUAGACCAGCGCGUGUUGGGUAGUGUUUUGUUUUGGAUUGGUGUUAUGGAUAUGGUUUAAUAAUUCUUUUGUUGCAAUUAAUAUUUAGUUGUUUCAUUGAAUUUUGAAAUAAAUUAAUAGACGUAUUUUUUAUUGUGCGUGCUGUGUUUCUUCAUUUUUUUUUGUGUGUACUGUGCUGCAUUAGAAAUGAGUAGCCCAAAUAAGUCUCCGGGUCUUGUACGUGUAAAUUUCGACCCCCCACAAACUUUGAUGUUGAUCUCCGGAAUAGGGCCCAAAUUGGCGCGGAUCAUUGUCCAACUUCGACAGGAAUCAGGUAACUUGGACCUGGACACCUUGGAGGUCCUGAUUAGGCGGCCCCUAAGUGAGAGGGAGUUAGACCAGCUGGAUUUUGCAGAAAAUCCAAUGCUUGCAGCGACGUCCCAGUCCAGUGGAACGGGAGAACACCCAAGUAGGUCCAGGGCCCCUGAGCCAAUGUUUGAAAGCACGCCAUACCUAAACCAGGACCAGAUGAAGGCAGAGCUAGCCUCUCAGAUAUCAGAUUUAGAGGCGGAGAUCACUCGAUGGGAGGAGUUCCCGGGGAUAUGGAGCGAUUUCCUUCCCCAGUUUGCAAAGCCUUUGUUCCCCAAGCGUCUGUUGUUUCAGCCAGAUCCUGUGGUGGUGACAGGCAUGCCGAUACUGUCUGAUGUUGCAUCAAGCGCCCCCGCCCCGCCCCAGUCGUUAGGUUUGCCCCAGAUGAGGGCUGGUAGGGCAGAUUACAAUGUGCCAGCACAAUUUAGAGAGACGUCCGCAGAGCAUUUGGGACACUUUCGGGCCCCAAGAAGCCCUCCUGCUCCUAUAAUGCGUCCUUGUCCAACCCAUUUCACCAUGCCUAGCAACCAACCUGUUGUAAGUGGCGUCCCAUUGUAUAACAACCAACCUGUUGCAAGUGGCGUCUCACUGCCUAGCAACCAACCUGUUGUAAGUGGCGUCCCAUUGUAUAACAACCAACCUGUUGCAAGUGGCGUCUCACUGCCUAGCAACCAACCUGUUGUAAGUGGCGUUCCGUUGUUUAACCACCAACCUGUUGCAAGUGGCGUCUCACUGCCUAGCAACCAACCUGUUGUAAGAGGCGUCCCAUUGUAUAACAACCAACCUGUUGCAAGUGGCGUCCCGUUGUAUAACAACCAACCUGUUGCAAGUGGCUUCUCAAUGCCAAACAACCCACCCGUUGUGAGUAGUGUUCCCGUGCAAAGCACCCUACCGGUGGUUGGUAAUCUCACAGUAGCCAGCAAUUUACCUAUAUUAGGUAAUAACCCUGCACACAACAAUCCACCCGUUGCAGGUAACCCUACCCUACUCAGCAGUGUCCCCGUUCAGACAAGCCCUCCGGUCCCAAUUAACCCCCCGUCCCAGCGGGAUCGGGAUGUUUUGACCAAGCUGCCAAAGAGCCUGCUAUUUGAUGGAUGCAGCAAUUGGUUGUUGUUUAAGAGGAAGUUUGAGCGUUACGCCAGAAUGCAAGAUUGGUCUGACGAAGAAUGCGAUGAUUGUCUUGGUUGGUGUUUAACUGGUAAGGCGGUGGACUUUUAUGCAUUACUGACCGAAGGAAGGGAGACGUUACCUUACGCCGAGCUUAUGCAGCGGCUGCAGGAGCGCUUCGGCGCUAAGGAGCUCCCUGCUACGGCUCAGGGCCGUUUCCAAGUUGCCCAUCAGGAAGUAGGCGAGUCCCUGGACGAUUGGUCCGAUCGAGUGCUGACGCUGGCAACAACGGCAUUUCGUGAUCUGCCCUAUGCGUACGCCACUGAGCAGGCAGUGACGAAGUUUUGUCACGGUUUGCUUGACAAGGAGGCCGCCAAGCAUGUAAGCCUGCAGAUACCCACAUCGAUGGGAGAUGCGAUGAACAUGAUGAAGAUAUAUAGCCAUGUUCUGUUGGCUUGCGCCGCGGCUCCGAGGGAUAGCCAAGAGAGUGAGCGAGUGUCGAGGUGUGUUCAUGAGGUGAGAAGAGCACCCUCUCCAGAUACAGUAAUUGGGUCGGCGGUCGACAAAUUGACCCAGGUGGUGGAUCGGCUGCUGGGUUCUGUGGGGCAAUUAUCGGACUCUUGUGGGAGCCAGGACGAUGAUUCUCGCGUCAGACAACCAGUUCAGGUGUUCCGUUCCGAUGAAGACGAGGGAUUGUAUGGCGAGUAUGCAGCCGAAGGUUCCAAUGAAGACGGCGCCCAGAACCGGGGGUUCAACAAGCAACGCCACGUUAGGUGUCACGAGGGUACAGGUGGCGGCUGUCCACGUGGGCAUCGGGACAUACAUGCCUACGAAAGGGGAUCCGGCCCAAAUGCUUACCAAGGGAGCGGCGCCGGUAACCGGCGAAACAACGGGUACCGUAGUGGGUACCAAAAUUCAAAUGUCCGCCCCGAGGGAUCGAAGCGAGGCAGGUAUGGUUCAAAUUGGGGCGAGUAUCCCGGGAUGGCGAGGCGGGACAUAUCGUGCUUGUUUGGUGAUUUGGAACAUUUCCGGUGUGAUUGUCGUGUGGGCGCCGGGUCCGUUGCCAACAAUGAGUCGAUACCGAUGUCAGUUACCGAGGCGGCGGAGCAGCAGAGUAGACCGGAAGUAGGUCGCGUCAACCAGUUGGGUUCAGCUGCGCAGUUUUGUUUGAAGGUUCAGGUUGGUGACGUAAUGGUUGAUGCAGUGAUUGAUUCGGCAGCGGAGGUCAGCCUCAUCUCAGAUCGGGUCUAUAAGGCCAUGAAGCAGCCACCUCCCAAGCAGCGUGAUGUCAAGCUGUUGAUGACAGGGAGGGAUGCCUCCAUGCAGGGUUUUGUUGUAGGCCCAGUUAAGUUAAAGAUUGGUAACUACUGGUAUCAGCAACAUUUGUAUGUAGCCCCGACAGAUGUCGAUAUGCUACUUGGUUUCGACAUUUUGAUGAAUCCGGGCAGGGCCAUAAUCAAUAUGGCAGAGGCCACUAUUAUUUUUGAUGGGCAGGUUUUGAGCCUCGAGGGGGGAAGCCUACAGCAUACCGACCACGUGCAUGACGCAGUUCCGUUUGCGUUGCCGACAGCUUCAGAAGUCGUCCGGGAUCCACAGAUGGUCACCGAUGAGAGCACUGAGCGGGACCAUGGGGGUUCUAGUUAUGUCGGUACGUUUCGCGUGCAGCGGGUGGCGGUCCAGUCCGGAGUUAGGGCCACCCCGACCGCCGGACAUGCAGAUCCGGCUGGCGUCACCGCGGAAGACAGCCGGGAGAAAGCGUCCAGUUGUGGUGUCACCGCGGCAGACCGUCGGAAAAGGGCUUCCGGUUAUGGCGUAACAUCGGAAGUCCGCUGGAACAGUGCGUGCGGUUACCGAGUCUCCACUAGUAACAUCAAGCUGCCGACCGUUCAAGAAGUUGUCCGUCACAUUGGGGUGUGCACCGACGAGAGCACUGAAGGAGGCAACGGUAAGACUGGCGGCGUCGGCGGCAGAGAAGACGAGUUCACCGAAGGCAUCGAUGAUGCGGUUCCGUUGCAGCUACCUACAGUUUGCGAAGUUGUCCGUCACAUUGGGGUGUGCACCGACAUGAGCACUGUAAGGGGCAACGGUGAGACUGGCGUCGUCGGCGAUGAUGAAGACGUGUUAACCGAAGGCGUCGAAUACGCGGUUCCGUUAGUGCUACCUACAGUUCGCGAAGAUGUCCGUCACAUUGGGGUGUGCACCGACAUGAGCACUGUAAGGGGCAACGGUGAGACCGGCGGCUUCGAUAAUGCGGUUCCGUUGGCGCUACCUACAGAAGAUGUCCGUCACAUCGGGGUGUGCACCGACAUGAGCACUGUAAGGGGCAACGGUGAGACCGGCGGCUUCGAUAAUGCGGUUCCGUUGGCGCUACCUACAGAAGAUGUCCGUCACAUUGGGGUGUGCACCGACAUGAGCACUGUAAAGGGCAACGGUGAGACUGGCGGCGUCGGUUAUGCAGUUCCGUUGGCACCGCCAACAGUGCGCGAAGUCGUCCGUGACAUUGGGGUGUGCACCGACGUAAGCACUGGAGGGGGCAAUGGUGAGACUGAGGACGUCAGUGACGAAGCAGCAGCAGCCAAGGGAGACAACAGUGGCAAGCCGGAUCCUGACCAGCAGGGAUUGUCCAGUUUUGAGAGCACAGAAGAGUCGUCUAGCUACGGGAACUCCGUCGGCAUAGUCCUAACGGGGUUGCCCAAGAGACCUGUCGGCAUAGUCCCGCAGGAGUUGUCCAGUUUUCAGAGUACGUCAGAAGAAUCGUCUAGCUACGGGAACUCUGUCGGCAUAGUCCUUACAGAGUUGCCCAAGAGACCUGCCGGCAUAGUCCCGCAGGAGUUGUCCAGUUUUCAGAGAACGUCAGAAGAAUCGUCUAGCUACGGGAACUCUGCCGGCAUAGUCCCGCAGGAGUUGUCCAGUUUUCAGAGUACGUCAGAAGAAUCGUCUAGCUACGGGAACUCUGUCGGCAUAGUCCUUACAGAGUUGCCCAAGAGACCUGCCGGCAUAGUCCCGCAGGAGUUGUCCAGUUUUCAGAGAACGUCAGAAGAAUCGUCUAGCUACGGGAACUCUGCCGGCAUAGUCCCGCAGGAGUUGUCCAGUUUUCAGAGAACGUCAGAAGAAUCGUCUAGCUACGGGAACUCUGUCGGCAUAGUCCUUACAGAGUUGCCCAAGAGACCUGCCGGCAUAGUCCCGCAGGAGUUGUCCAGUUUUCAGAGAACGUCAGAAGAAUCGUCUAGCUACGGGAACUCUGCCGGCAUAGUCCCGCAGGAGUUGUCCAGUUUUCAGAGUACGUCAGAAGAAUCGUCUAGCUACGGGAACUCUGUCGGCAUAGUCCUUACAGAGUUGCCCAAGAGACCUGCCGGCAUAGUCCCGCAGGAGUUGUCCAGUUUUCAGAGAACGUCAGAAGAAUCGUCUAGCUACGGGAACUCUGUCGGCAUAGUCCUUACAGAGUUGCCCAAGAGACCUGCCGGCAUAGUCCCGCAGGAGUUGUCCAGUUUUCAGAGAACGUCAGAAGAAUCGUCUAGCUACGGGAACUCUGCCGGCAUAGUCCCGCAGGAGUUGUCCAGUUUUCAGAGUACGUCAGAAGAAUCGUCUAGCUACGGGAACUCUGUCGGCAUAGUCCUUACAGAGUUGCCCAAGAGACCUGCCGGCAUAGUCCCGCAGGAGUUGUCCAGUUUUCGGAAUACGUCAAAAGAAUCGUCUAGCUACGGGAACCCUGUCGGCACAGUCCUUACAGGGUUGCCCAAGAGACCUGUCGGCAUAAACCCACAGGGACCUUCCAGAUUCGUAGAGUCGUCUAGCCAUGGGAAUCCUGUUGGCAUAGUCCAACAUGGAUUGCCCAACUUUCCCACUUCCAUAGCCCAUCAGGGAUCUUCCAGGUUUGAAUCGUCCGGCUAUGGGAAUCCUGCUGGAAUUGCACCUAGGCCGAGCAGGGAUUGCCCAGUCAGGGGAGUAAAUCGCAGUGAGUCGUCCAGUCGCCGGUUUCCCUCUGGUAACACCCAGAGGAACCAGUUUAGUCACGGCGACCCCUCGGUAAACCGCCAGAGCAGUGCGUGCGGUUACGGAGUCGUCGCGAGUGUACGCCAGAAGAUCUCGGAGGAUGGAUCUCGGGGACCUUUCAGGCGUGGCUCUGAAGGGUGGCGACCCUCAAGUUCUCGCCGUUGGGAGCGGUCCCAGCGGUGGAAAUUAAGUAAGUGUGUAAGCGAGCGUGGGGGCCUGAAGUAAUUAUCUAUUUAAAGGGUGGGGGUGGGUACCUUUAAUAGUCUUCUCUCUCUGUUUUUCUUGUUUUAUUUUAGUUGUGUUUUGCUCCACUUAGUGUCAGUGAAGUGUAGAUUCCAUUAGCCCUUUAUUGGCCUCGCCCACCAGUCCAUUACUCUUUUGGUUCUUUUUAUUUGUGUAUGGUCUCCUGUGAGUAGAACUCACUGGUAGGUUAUUUUAUUUUUUCUUGUUUAAUAUACCUUCUCUUUCUUUAAAUAAUUCAGAUAUUUUCUGUAAUGCAAAAUUUGGCUGGUAGGAUGUAGGUGCACGUUGGCCACUGUAAGGCGGUGGUUGUAGACCUGACACUCAUACCUCGGCUUCCCCUUUUUGUGUACAUCAUUCGUGUACUUUUAUCAUUUUUUCUUGUCUAUAUCUAUUUAUUCAUGUUUCCCUGAUUGGGAGUGGAUAUGCUGAAGUUGGUAUUGCCACCCGGAAAUAAAUAGAGAAUAAAUAAAGAUCAUUAUAUUUUUGUUAUUAGAUAUUAAAAAAUACAUUAUUUAUAAUAAAUAACUAAAAAAUACAUUAUUUAUAUAUUAACAUUUAUAUUAUUUCUCUUUUCGUGCCUGGACCGAGGGUGUGUUUUCACCCAAGUGUAACACGCUUAAGGUCGUAAAUAGGUACGCGUAGCCUCGCUAAAUACUGGCGGGUAGUUGGCGGCAGGGCGAGAGAUUCAGGCAGUAAUAAGUUGCAUCUAGUGUAGUCUAACGGUGAUCUCUUUCAGCCCACUAUCAUUGGUAGUUCUCUGAAAAUCCGGACUUGUGAGCAUGUCAGUGCAGUGGGAAACUGUUGCAUACCACUCCCUGUGGUGUUAUUGUUAUUUUAAUAUUAGUAAUAAUUCUUGUUAUUUACAGCCACCGCCAUGGCGAUCAACAUAGUUGUGCGUAACCCUGCACCCCCCAGUCUCCAGUACAUUAUGUCAGUGUUUCUUUUCUGUAGCGUGUUUUGCUGUCUAUCCAGGCCGCUGUAAUGGUUAAUUUCAAUGCUGUAGCUGUUUGCAGCCGAAGGCUGUUAAUUGCUCCACUUUGUAGAUGAACUGGCAGGGCGAGCCCAUUUAUCCCAGAGUCCCUUCUUUCUUGUUUUUGUAAUAUUCCUGAUUUCGUCUAUGCACGAGUCGCCCACUGCAGUACACUAUAAAUCAAAAUAACACUGUUUGCAAAAGUUUUGUAGAUAUUCUUGUCCAGGAACAAAAUAAUAAUAUUAGAUGUUAAUAUGUCUAUAACAAAAUCACAAUAAUCUGUAUGCAUGCAUAUUAAAAUAUUCUUGGUGGUCGUACGAAAACCGGCCAAUGGGUUAAAAUUAGUUGUGGUCUAUCUAGGGUUGAGGCCCCCAUUCUGCGCACGUUGUGGCGUGCCUGUAGUUUUGAAACAAUUAGGUUGUCCCGACUUUGGGGAGUCUGGGCACUGUCAUAGUUCCGCUAAGUCGCUGCGUCUAGGCGUACAUCGCAUGGCAAAGGCGCCCUCCUUGCUUACGAAAGGGGCAUUGGGGUCCGAGAGAUAGUCAAUAUACUUCCUCGGGUGCGACGGGACGUCUGUGGCGGACUGACUAUGACAUUCAGUGGGACGAUUCCUUUGUGAGUAUGGGGUCGUCCCAAAAAGAGAAAAGUGAGGGGAGUGUAGUGCCAGUGCCACGCCCCCCUGCAGAGUGGUACCCGGCUUGCGUCGCUCAUGUGACGGGACCAUGCUGCAUGAUGUGGAGCCAAUGGGAUGGACGCAGAUGCCUGAUGGGAUGACCAUGCGCUCUUGCUACCGUGUCCGCGGACGUGUGCAGACGUGUUCCCUGAGGUGAGUAUUACCAGGAGGAUAGAUGCCCUGAUGUAAGUAUUUCCAGGAGGAUAAGUGUAUUAGCCUGUGACGUAAGUAUUAGCCUGUGACUUAGUGUCUUGCCCUGGAGGUUUAGCCUGUGCGUGGGGUAGGUAUUCCCAGGAGGAUCGGUGGUGUGCAGCCGACGACGACGACAGCAGACGAGUGUUUCCCUCGAAGUGUGGACUGCCGAGGACGACGUCUGCCAUCCUGACAAGGUUUCCAGUCGACGACCAUGUGAGUUGUCUAGUAUAGUGUCAUUGCUAGCGGUUGUGUAAUCGUAGAAGAAACCCACUGAGAGCUAACCGAAAUAAACACCA